UUUUGCUUGCGAUACCGAACAUUCGCUAAAAGUAAACAAAAAGCCAAGUCGGAUCAGUCUCGCCUUGAUCUCGCGUUUGGUCGUAAACUGAUCUGCUACUGUGCUGGAGCAAAGGAGAAGAAGGCUGAAGUGAAAACUAUAGUGUGCUGAUCCAUAUCCGCGCUAAGAUUUGGCAGAAAGUCUAUCCGCAUUUGUGACGUGGUAUUCUAGCUUAGGUUACGUUGUACAACGUGUUGUGUUGCUCGCUGCAAGACGGUGUUUGAAGCCACGUUUUCCUGACACUCUGCGACGAAAAUGGCUGAUCUGGAGCGCGCCCCGCUGGUUACAGAAGAAGUGGCCAUUGUAGACCCUUCUACGGUCGCCCAGCCCCCGCCACCAUACUCUGAGGAGGACAAGGAUGUCAACGCCGACGUGCAAAACCGUCGGCGUGUGGCGUGUCAGGUGUGUCGGACGAACCUGACGUUCGCCGACCGCUCUGGUCUGCGCGUGGUGACGUGCAGUCGGUGCCAGGAGGCCACGCCUGUAGGCGCUCCUCCAGCAGGCAAGAAGUACGUUCGCUGCACGUGCAACUGCUUGCUGACGUGCUCCACCACUGCACGGCAAAUCAUCUGCCCCAGGGCGAACUGCAAGCGCACCGUCAGUGUGGGUGGAGGCACGUCCACGGAUCGCGUGACUUGUCGGAACUGCAACGUCACCACGCGGUGGACGGCUCGUGGGUAUAGUUCUCGGCGGUGUUCGAGGUGCCAUUCCUUAAUGCCAAUCAGCGAAGAAAUGAUGAAGUUUGCUCGGGGUCGUGCCAUUCUUUUCAUUAUCCUUGGGUUGGUGUGCACCCUUCUGGCCAUUGGUGUUUUGGUGGCUACAAUCCUCUACGCACCGUAUGGAGUGGUCGCCGUCCCUAUCGGUCUCUUCUCAGCCGGAGUGUACUUCUUUGCUCGAGCGGGCCUAUAUCUCUGUUCAGUGAGCGGCGCAACCAUCGAAUGAAUUUCUCGCUAACUACAGCACGUGUAGGUACACCUCAUCCAUGUGUCUAUUCCGCAGUGGUAGCAGUCUUGUACGCGUGCAUGUGAUUGCAACAUGGUAACCAUGCUCCAAAGCUGGAAUGAAUUUUGUUGAUGGAUUAGUCCUGAUCAUAGUCUGCAUCAAUUCAGAAACUUUCUCAUUCUCCCUUCACGCUAGUUGUUUCUUGGUGUUGAGACUUGUUUCGUCAUUCCUGUCGCUCUACUCCUCAGUUUUCUUGCUUUGACGGUUUGCUGUGACCACCUCUGUGCUAUUCAUCCUUGAUAAGCAUGAAUACAAUUCAUUGUGUCCUGUUCAGAUUAUAAUUCAUAGCUGUGAAUUGUCCUAAUUGGUUUAAUUAAUAGCCAAUCCAUCCUGACAAACCUGGAAGUCCUGGACAUAAUAACACUUCGCUGUCUGGCUGCUUGCAUUCAUUCCUGCCCAAGCUGCCGAUACAAGUACAAACUCUGCCCAUACAGUUUGAGAGCAUUGAUACACAGUGUGCUGUCCUUGCCCAGUGGCUGGCAAUAGUAGCAUGGUAGUACCAAUUAUUGCAGCUGAAUAAUGUUGACAGUACACCAGGCCAGAUGAUCGAAUGAUUCCUGAUUACUAGCAAGUCACAUUUUUUUCUAAUUGUUCAGCUGCUAUGAAGCGCAUGCACCCCUGCUCUAUAUACAGAACUUAAAAUCCAUUUCCCUUACCCAGCUAUGCCUGCCAGGCUCUUCGCCGCAUACUGCUCCCAUCAUUAGCACAUGACGUCAUUACUAGUUAGGCUCAUUACUCUUAUCUGAUUUUUCUGAGUUUCUAUUCGCCUGUCA